AUGGGAACAUGUCAAUAUAAUAAUUGCAAGUCCUACAUAGACAUCAGCACUCUCAACACCACCGUCAACAUCAUCGAUCAAUUAAACAACGACUUCAUGGUUGUGCAUGAAGAUUAUGAGCAUCCCCUAUAUGGAUAAGUCAAUAUACUAGAAUAUAAGGAGCCCAAAUAAUAUGAUUUUAAAUUAGUACAUAAACUUAUAACCUUUGCAGAAGAAGAGGACUUCCAAUAGGCACUCUAGUAUUACUAAGCUAAAUUUUACGGGUUCAAUCAUCCGAAUCUCCUCAUCAUCCACGCAAUGCAGUAUAAGCAAAUCGAUUAGUUUUUCACCACCGAAUACAAAUUAUCACUCUUCCUAGACUAUUACGAAACUACCCUAGCUCAAGAAUUGAUCUACAGAAAAAAAAUCUACUUUGAAGAAACAGAAAUCUUGUUUUUUCUAGACUCUCUCAUAGGAUCAUAAGCGUUUCUCCAAUCCAAAGGCUACGCAUUGCCCUCUCUGAAAUUUGACAAAGUCUAUCUCUCCAACCUUCUAAAUGGAGCAAUCGGACUCAAAGUUCAAAGUCCCCUCUUCCACAACUAGGAGGAUGCUCAAUUCAAUCAAUUAUUCCACAAAAUCAUAAAUGGAGAAGAAGUGCACUUGCAUGAAUACCCUUUCAUUACGCCUGAACAAUGGUUGAUGAUCCAAAACAAGCAACUAGAACCCUACAAUGAAUUCAAAAGCAAUGUCUUUAUCUUAGGUUUAAUGACACUCGAACUCUGCUCAGCCAAACAAAGCAUCACACUCUAUUCAGAUUACAUGAUUGAUCCAAACACCUUAACUGAGCAAAUCAAUAAGGUAAGUGAUAGAUAUGGGGAAGCCCUGCCCCUGAUCUUGGAAGCAAUGCUCCAUUAUGAUCCAAAAGACCGACGAGACUUUCUGUAAUUAAAUGAACUACUAGAUGCAUCCCAACUAAAAGGCAAGAGGUUGGCCUAAAUCUGGACAUCCGAUGACUACCAAUAUAGUUUGACUGAGAAGAAGGUGCACUUUUCAACCAAACAACAUUCAUUGAUACAUCCAGAAGUCUAAUCUUAGUUGUCCAAUUAAUCUCUCUUACAAAAAGGAUCGCAUCUAUCCAUUCGUCAAGUCAUAUCCAAAAACUCUAAGGAGUCGAAGGCAUCUAGUUCCUUCAUUCAGAAGAAGGAAUCCUACUCACCCCAAAUUUAAAAAAAGAAUUUGUUCAAGAAAUUCGAGACCGAGUAGGCCUCGAAAGGGGGAAGCAAAAAGCUAAUUACCCAAGAUGGCUUUGGAGUGGAAACAACUCCUAAUGGACUUACGUAUGAGGGUUUAUUUGUUGCCGGCAAGAAACAAGGCAUGGGUAAAUUAAUUAGUGACGAUAAUGAAAUAAUCUAUGAAGGAUAUUUCCAUGAGAAUUAAUUUCAUCGUACUGGAAUUUUAAAAAACUAAAAUGCUCAAGGUUUUUAGGAGGCUUUUAAUUAUAAGGACUUCAAUCAACUAGGCGAGAAAUGGGCACGGUAUGACGGUGAUUUCAACCUUGGUUAAUAAGAGGGAUAUGGAUAAUUAGUUUUAGCAAAUGCAGAGAGAUACACAGGUUUGUUUAAGAGUGGGAAGGUACAUGGGGCAGGAGUGUUUUAAACUCUGGAUGGCAAACAAAUCAAGGGAGUAUGGGUUAAUAACGUGUUAUAAGAAUCAUGAGUAAAUUUCGAAAAUAAUUAUAAUAACAAAAAUAAAAGUAGUUUA